AUGUCAGAGAGGAGAGGUCAGAAGAAGUCCAUCUUUCUGUCCUCAUUAUUGCUGUGUUGUAUGUUUGCUAGUGCGGAGUAUUCUAGCUGUGGAGAGUACGAGUUCUUCAAUCAGACAAGUAACAGUUGCCAGGCCUGCCCUCAUUGCCAACCAGGACAAGAGGCGCAUAUGAACUGUGGCUACGGUGUGAAGGAUGAGGACUUUGCCUGUGUGCCGUGUGCACAGGGGAAAUAUUCCAAAGGGAAGUAUGAGAUCUGCAGACGGCAUAAAGACUGUGACGCACUCUACAAAGCCACUGUUCGCGCAGCGGGAACUCCGGACAACGACGCCGAAUGUGGACCCUGUCUAUCAGGGUAUUACAUGCUGGAAAACAGACCAAGGAACCUCUAUGGGAUGGUUUGCCAUUCUUGCCAGAACGCACCACGCAACACCAAAGAAUGCAUGUCGACCAGCAGGCCAAAAGAGAAGCCUGUUAUUGACCCUGGCAGCACGACCGUGUUCCCUCAUCUCCAUAAAGAUUCCAACGGACAAGGUCACCUAGCAACGGCUCUCAUUAUCGCCAUGUCAACCAUUUUCAUCAUGGCUAUCGCCAUUGUACUCAUCAUUAUGUUUUAUAUCCUGAAGACCAAACCGAGUAGUCAGGCAUGUUGUUCUGGACAAGUUGUGAAGGCGGUGGAGGCUCAGACCAACAAACAGGAAGACAAGAAAGACAUCCCAGACAAUGUGGUGAUCUACUCGGAGAAAGAUGAGUUCGACAAACUAAAAGCUCCUCCUCAGAAGACGGUGAAAAGUGAAAAUGACGCAUCAUCAGAGAACGAGCAGCUGUUGAGCCGCAGCAUCGACAGUGACGAGGAGGCGGCCUCUGACAAGCAAGGAUCGGCCGACGCCAACAAUCCCAACCUGUGCCUCGUCAACCUGGGAAACAAGCCCGACCUCUGCCUGCUCUCGCUCGGCCUCCUGGAGCGGGACAGAUCCUGCAACGGGGCCCCCGCCCUGUCAGUCGGACCGGCCAAUAACGUGCAGAGUCCCAACCACAUCGCCAAUGUCAACCACAUCGCCAGCACCAACCACAUCAGCAGUGUGAACGCAAUCAACAACAACAACAAUAAAACCCCGGGGAUGCUUCAGAGCCGAAGGAAAAAGAUCCUGGAUCUGUAUGGCAGAGCCUGCAAUGUGACAGAGGGCCUGAGCCCCACGGAGCUUCCUUUCGACUGUCUGGAGAAGGCCAGCCGCAUGCUGAGCUCCUCCUACAGCAGCGAGGCGGCCGUGGUGAAGACGUGGAGGCAUCUGGCCGAGAGCUUCGGCCUGAAGCGCGAUGAGAUCGGCGGCAUGAGCGACGGACUACAGCUCUUCGAGAGAGUGAGCACAGCGGGUUACAGCAUCCCCGACCUCCUGACCCGCUUAGUGCAGAUCGAGAGGCUCGACGCGGUGGAGUCGCUCUGCUCAGACGUGUUGGGGAGCAGUGAGAUGGCGGCCGCUGCUGGGCGGCAGGGCAACAGCAGUUUUCACAGCCAGUUGGUCUGUCCAUCCCCGUGCCAAUCCCCGUCCCAGCGCUGCGCCAGCGUCUGAACACGUGUGACGGAACAUGGACUUGAGAGACUCGGAUGCCUUACAGUAUACGUGUAUGUAAGGACAGAUACUGCUCUG